AAUGUGCCCAAAUUCAUACGCGCAUGCGACCAUUAUCAUCCGCCGGCAGAAGGACCACACCACCUCACAUUAAUUUUAGUUGUUGCCAGCUCACUAAGUAACCAUGGAUGAAGAAUAUGAUGUGAUCGUUCUUGGAACUGGACUAAAGGAGUGUAUUUUGAGUGGUAUGAUGUCAGUGAGUGGUAAAAAAGUACUGCAUAUAGACAGGAACAAGUAUUACGGAGGAGAUAUCGCAUCUAUUACUCCGCUGGAAGACAUGUUCCAAAUGUAUGGAAUGAAGAUGCCUGAAGACCGGUUUGGAAGAGGCAGAGACUGGAACGUGGACCUGAUUCCAAAGUUCCUCAUGGCUAAUGGUCAGCUGGUGUAGUUGCUGAUUUACACUGGUGUAACCCGUUACCUAGAGUUCAAGUGUUUGGAGGGCAGUUACGUCUGCAAGGGAGGCAAGGUGUAUAAAAUGCCUGCCGACGAGAAGGAAGCCCUCACUACAAAUUUGAUGGGCAUUUUUGAAAAGAGGCGCUUCAGAAAACUGAUGAUCUUCAUCAUGGAAUUUAAUCUGGAAGACCCUAAGACCUGGCAUGGAAUCGACCCGAAACAGAGCACAGCCGAGGACCUGUACAAUAAGUUUGGGGUGGACAAGAACACAAUUGACGUAACAGGGCACGCCCUGGCUCUCCAUCGUAAUGAUGCUUAUCUUAAGGAGCCCUGUUUAGAUUUUAUACAGAGAGUUAAGUUGUAUCAGGACUCUAUACAGAGGUAUGGAAAGUCCCCCUUCCUGUACCCCUUGUAUGGACUAGGAGAGCUCCCCCAGGGCUUUGCAAGGUUAAGUGCAAUAUACGGAGGAACCUACAUGCUGGAUCGCCCCGAUGCCACAGUGGUCUACGAAGACGGUAAAGCUGUCGGUGUGAUGGCUGCUGGCGAGACUGCCAAGUGCAAAAAGGUCAUUUGUGAUCCAUCUUAUGCAAAAGACAAAUGUAAACAUGCGGGUCAGGUAGUGAGAGCAAUAUGUAUCCUGAAUCACCCUGUACCCAGCACAAAUGACAUGAAAUCCGCUCAGAUCAUUAUCCCUCAGCACCAAGUCAACAGACAUUGGGACAUCUACAUUGGUGUGAUAUCACAUGAACACAUGGUGGCCGCCAAGGGCUUCUGGAUAGCUAGUGUCAGUACUACCGUGGAAACAGAGAAUCCAGAGGCGGAGCUACAGCCAGGGCUAGACUUACUGGGACCAAUCGAACAAAAAUUUGUGUCUGUUCAUGAUAUAAUGGAACCUGUAGAUGAUGGAAAGGACUCUGAGAUUUUCAUCACAAAGUCCUAUGAUGCCACAUCCCAUUUCGAAACAACAUGUAAGGAUGUAUUGGAAACCUACAAAAGGGCAACUGGUGAAGAAUUCGAUUUCUCCAAGAUCAAGAUUCCAGAAGAAGAGGAGAAUAAUUAGUGCUUUUAUUAAUCUGGCACGGUGCCAAACUGGUAUAUGUGUUCGUUUUGAAUGGACAUGUGGCAGUGUACUUUUUUCCUUGUCUUCUUUGGUAUAAUAUUAUGGACAAAGGCAUUGAUAUUUGCAUACAUUAAAACGUUAUGAGCACCCUUCAUUUAAUACCAUUCCAAGUUUAUGAGAAGAAGAAAGACCAUUUUUUAUUGGCUGGUAUCAAAGGUCACAAAGUGUCAACUCUUCCAAACAUCAUGAAUAUUUAUGAGAAGGAAUUGGGUGUCCUUUGCAUUUGCGCAAUUUAAUAAUUGAUAAAAGCUUUCUUGUCUUCACCAACACUAAGUUGCUUGCUUGAUUAAGUAAAUUAUUUUUAUGACUAUAAAACAAAAGGAAGAGGGAGGUGUUUUAUGUAGAAUGCAUAUUUUUACUUUCCAAUGCUUUUAAAAUAAAUAGUCCAAUGCAUUAGAUGUGACUUUCAUGUCCAAGAAGUUAUGUUUGUUUGGUGAGAGUUGUGAUGUAAAUAUUGUAGCUGUAGGCUCUAUCAAAUAUCUACUGAAAGUAUGAAAAAUCUAGGGAGUAUGCCAUUCUCAAACACAUGCAUAUUCAAAGCAUAAAGACAUUUUCACAGUAUAUCUUAUAAAUGCUAUUAAGGGGUAAAAGGAAGAAAUUGUACAUCUUUUUUACUCACUAAAAAUUAAUGUUGUUUCUUGUUCAAGUCUUGCUAAAACUUUUGACAAUUUAAAGAGAUUAAUAAGUCAGUCUGUGCUUAAUGCAAAAAUAAUAACAUUUUAAGAAAAUCAUCUUUCCAGAGUAAUCAUUAUAACAAAAGUCUGUCUUGUGAAUUGAAAUCAUGUGUAUGAGCUAUAUAUAUGAGAUUUAUUAUUAAGUGUAAUACAUGUAUGUGAUAUUUAUUUAUGGCUAAAAAAAUCUGUGACGUUUCCUCAUUUCAUUGCUUGUGAAAACCUCUUUUAAAGUAUUAAUUGCCAUUAGUAGUGAAGAAAAAAAAAUAUAUGUAGGUUAAAAAAAGUUUUUUUUAUUAAAAAUAAAGUAUACAUUGGUAUGAUAUAACCUAGUCAUUAUCAUGAGUAUGUCACAGGUUUAUUAAGACAACUUUUUCUGAGACACGAUUAUCAAAUAUGAAUAAAUCAGUAACCAUUA